AUUCCACGUUUCCAAUAUAUUUCACGUGCGUUGUGUGCAGGAAAUAAACAAAAAUUUAUAUUAAUUUUUUCAUCGUUUUCUUUUGCUAUUUUCUGCAAUUAAAAUAGAUAAUUUAAUUCCAUAGCAAUUGACUAUGCCACCGAAAAAGGCAGCAGGUGGAGCGAAAGCAGGAAAAUCAAAAUCUGCAGAUGACGGUGAUAAAGGAAAAGGCGAUAAAAAAGGAGGGACAGCAGUGAAGGUAAGGCAUAUUCUUUGUGAAAAGCAGUCGAAAAUUUUGGAAGCUAUGGAAAAAUUGAAAGCCGGACAGAAAUUUAAUGAAGUCGCCGCUACGUACAGUGAGGAUAAAGCAAGAUCAGGGGGCGAUCUGGGUUGGAUGACACGAGGGUCAAUGGUUGGUCCUUUUCAAGAAGCAGCAUUCGCACUUCCAAUUUCAAAUUUGGGCUCUCCAGUUUAUACGGACCCACCGGUCAAAACUAAAUUCGGCUAUCAUAUUAUUAUGGUCGAGGGGAAAAAAUGAAAAACUUGUAAAUAUCUUUUUCAUUCUAAUAAACAAUUUUUUGUAUAUAUAAUUACCAAAA